AUGGCGAUGGCCCUCUUCAAUGCCAUCAUCCCAGAUCACCAAGCAGAAGCCUUUUCUCCUCCCCGCCUGGCACCCUCGGGUUCUAUGGACCAGCUUGUGGAAGGGCUUCUGGGUGGCCUCUCUCGCUGGGACGCAGAACACUUCCUGUUCAUUGCCGAGCAUGGCUACCUCUAUGAGCACAACUUUGCCUUCUUCCCUGGCUUCCCUUUGGCCCUUCUGGUGGGAUCUGAAUUGUUGAGGCCCUUGAGGGGCCUACUGAGCCAGCGGAGUUGCCUGUUGAUUGCAGUAGCCUUGCUCAACUCCUUGUUCUCUGUGCUGGCUGCAGUCACCCUUCACGACCUGGGCUGUCUGGUUUUGCACUGUCCUCACCAAGCUUUUUACGCAGCACUGCUCUUCUGCCUUAGCCCCGCCAAUGUUUUUCUGGCAGCUGGCUAUUCAGAAGCUUUAUUUGCCCUCCUCACUUUCAGUGCCAUGGGGCAGCUGGAGAGGGGCCGAGGCUGGACUAGUGGUCUCCUCUUUGCUCUUGCUACUGGGGUACGCUCCAAUGGGCUGGUCAGCGUUGGCUUUCUUCUACAUUCUCAGUGCCGAGCCUUUGUUUCUUCUUUCCUGGUGUUAAGCCUGGUGAGACAGUCCUUUAAGCUGAUGGCUUCUCUGUGCCUAUCUGUGCUCACAAUUAGCCUUCCCUUUGCCCUCUUUCAGUAUUAUGCCUAUACCCAGUUCUGUCUGCCAGGCUCUCCUCACUCCAUUCCUGAACCCUUGGUGCAAUUAGCUAUGGACAAGGGCUACCGGAUUGCAGAGGGAAAUCUGCCGCCGUGGUGCUCCUGGGACCUUCCUCUCAUAUACAGCUACAUCCAGGAUGUCUACUGGAAUGUUGGCUUUCUGAGAUACUAUGAGCUCAGACAGGUGCCUAAUUUUUUACUGGCUGCACCUAUGGCUAUACUGGUGGCCUUGGCAACCUGGACAUACGUGACCACCCAUCCUUGGCUCUGCCUUACACUUGGGCUACGAAGGAGCAGGGACAAUAAGCCUCAUCCCGGCUUCCUCAGUCCAGGGGUGUUUGUGUACCUGGUCCAUGCUGCAGCGCUGCUGCUCUUUGGAGGACUGUGCAUGCACGUUCAGGUUCUCACCAGAUUUUUAAGCUCCUCCACUCCUAUUGUGUACUGGUUUGCAGCUCACUUGCUUCAGGAUCAAGAGCCACUAUUGAGAUCCCUAGAGACAGCAUCUUCAAAGCCCUGUUCAGAAGACUCUCCACCAGGACAAAGGGUCCCUAGAAAUUCUAUCAUGGUACUCUUAUACAACUGGAAAACCUGUUCUCCAGUUACACAAUACAUUUUAGGCUACUUCCUAACGUACUGGCUCCUGGGACUGCUCCUCCACUGCAACUUCCUGCCUUGGACAUGACCUGGAAUCCCAAGGGACAAGCUGGAAGCCAAGUUAAAUCAGGGUUUAAAAGUGAAUACACAGCUGCGCACCAGUGGCUCCUGCCUGUAAUCCUAACUACUCAGGAGGCUGAGAUCUGAGGAUCGUAGU